CGUUUAAAAAAAAUAAAUGUUAAGAAUCGAUCGACCGAUCAAUUGAUUGAUUAAUGGAAUCACUAAUUCGAUUCGUAAUAAUCUUGUUGUUUACUUUCAAGAUGGUGAACAAGGUGAUUGCUGCUGCCAUGUUGAAUGUAACAUGUGAUAAUGAACGUAAUAAUAUAAUGGCGGGACAACCUGGAUCAGUCAUUCUUUUGCGAUGUUGUAGUGAAUAUUUCAUGUGUCAAUGUUUAGAAAAACGUUGUCAAGGUGGAAAUAAUAAUGACGUUUGGUGUGUUUAUAUUAAAAAACAUCCAUGUAAAAUUGAGCCCGAAUGCUAUCAUAAACAUGUGGUCACCAUUGAUAAUGAUGGAAAUUCGCCCGAAUGUGAUGUAUUCAAAUCAAACUGGCGAAAUUGGCUUUUAACAUUCAUCAUAUACAUGUCUACAUUUGUUGCGGCAGGAAUUAUCAUCCUUAUUUUUCUAGUAGGCUAUAAAAAAUUAAAAGCAUACUAUCAAAUGAAAAAAAGAAAACGACGAACGGAAAUUCGGUUUUCCUUGGCCACAACACCUAACGUUGAUAGUGUUGUUGUUGUGGAUAAAUACAGGAAAUCCAAAUCAAAAUCAAGAUCUCGUUCACUCAGUGGUGGCAUAGGCACAAGUAAAACCACAAGUGAAAGUCAAGCUAGAACACAGCCUCAAAAUAAUAAGUCAAAUGAACGAAGUAAGGCAAUGAAUCGACAAACGACAAUGGCAGAUAAUACAACAACCACCAUUGGUGAACGACAACCUUAUUCCAUAUCUUUCGAACGCAAUUCUAUGCCUCAAAAAACCGUUGCGACAACCGGAAAAGGUAAAAAGAUAACGCAAAGUUACCUAGUUAAAGCACUCAUGUGAUUAUUAAAAGUUUAAAGAACACAUUUAUUUUGUUUUAAAGAUAUUCAUUAAAUUCACUUUUUUAG